UAGUGAAUGAAAUAUCUUGAGUUUGUCGUUUGCCUCCCCAAUCAACUGUCUGUUUAGAAAGAAAGUCGCCAUUCGUUUGCAUUAAUUAGAAGAAUAAAAUGAUUGUUAUAAACAUGUGAAACAGAUACAAUGGGUUAAUCACUAAACAGUUAAUUAAUACAUUAAUUUCUUAUACGAAGUGCAACACAAAUCUCAAGAGAUAUUUAUAAUCCUAGCAAACGCUUCCAAAACAAACUCGGCCACUUUAAUAAUGCAACCAAGUUUAGGACAUAUUUAUAAGAAGAGUUGAUUAUUUAUAUAUGGAAUUAGCUGCCAAAUACACCUAAAAUGCAGAAAAAGUGCAAUUUAUUUGUUUUUUAAGUUCUUUAUUGUCAAUUGUCAGCUACAAUGUUGUUGACAGUUAUGUCACUUACAAUUGUUUUCCUACAGAAAAGAGGGUUUAUUUUGUUUAUUUCUUCAGUUUAAAAGCUUAAAACAUACAUUAUAUUGGUGUACAUUCAUUUAUGGUGUAAGAGUUGUGUUUUAGGUAGCCCAAGACCAUUGAAUUUCAGGUAUUAUGAACUCUACAAGAAGCAAAUUUAGCUUUACUUGAGUGACAUCAAUUUCUAUUUAAUAUGAAUAAUAUCAAUACUUAAAUAUGGUUUUUGGGUAAAGUCAAUAAAUUGUGGAGAUGGAUCCAGGAGUCCCAAGUGUACCCAUCACCACAUUGGCCGGUGUAGCAAGUCUCACGGACUUGCUUCCCGAAAUGCCCCUGCCAACACCGUCACCACAGACACUAAGUAAUAAGUCAUUACUGUUUCAUCCUCGAGUUGCAGAGGAAGCUCAGAAUUUACUUGGUGUCCGGGAUGAAGUAUUGGUACCCCAAUUGGUUCAGUCUUUAGAAAAGACCUCAGCUGAACAUAUUGAAGUAAAAGACAUGUAUGCUGGAGCUGAUUCUAGACUGGAACAACAAAAAUCAAUGCCAGAGUUGCUAAGAGCUCUUCUAGAUGCAAAUCCCAACAUUUUCAGUGGAAAAUCACAACCUUCCCAAGUGCUGCAUCAAAUGCAACUGACCAUGAUUCAGAAUCAGCAUCAUUUACAACAACCACAACAUCAUCAACAACAGGUUCAGCCUCAAAAUCAACCUCAGCAGCAGCAACAACAAAAAGUAGAACAAACAAUAAACCAAACCCAAGUGCAACCGCAAUGGAAUCAUACAGGCCAACCUACUAUCCAGGUUCGAGGAAAAGAGCCUGACAAGAAAAGUACAUCUCAGAUGACCAAGGUAUUAGACCAAGAACAUCCAGUAAUAAAUUCAGCAAUAACUACUCAGGGCGUUAAUCCACAAACUACAAAUGUAUUAAAUUCUACGAGUUCAUCAAGUUCUACAAAUGUGGUGAACUCGAAUAAUGCAUUGACAACUAUACUGAGCUCAAAUUCACAAAGUUCUAAUCAAAGUACAACUUCUUUGGGCAGUUCAGAUUCUAGUAAUAGUUCUAGUUUGACUGCAUUAUCAGCAUCAAGUACAUCUCAACAAAGUGUACCCAAUGUUCAACCGCUCGCGUCUGCAGCGCCAAGUGACACGAACACAGGUACAGUUACUGUGAAAACCAAACCCAUGCCAGACCAAAAAGAUGUUAGUAUCCCGUCCCUUCCAGAACAAACUGCAGAUUCUGUAUCACUCCAAACAACACCCUCUGUUAACAAUUGUAAUAACAGUCGAUUGACAGAAAGCAAACCUUCAACCCAAACAUCAACUAGUGAGCUUAGACAAUUAAGGAGAAAUCCUGCAAGGGGCCAACAAACAGAUGCAAAAAAUUCAACAAAGACUGAUAUACCUCAAAAAAUUCCAGUAACGCUGCUAAAGCAAAAUUCCACUAUAGCUACCGAAACAAAAGUGCAAACAGAUCCAAUAGACAGUGUAAAAGACGUACCACAGGAGGUAACUGACGAUAAAGUAAUAAAGGAGGAAAAUAAACCUAAAAUUGAAACUAAAGUGGAAGUAGAAGAGCCACCAAAAAGCUUACCCAGUGAUAUAACCAUUAAACAACCAGUUAUAAAAUUGAGUAGGCUAUCCGAAGAAGAUCAAAUGCUUUUACAGAAAAGUCUUAGGGAAUUUAUAGAAGUUAAACCCAAAUUAGCCAAAGAUCUGGGUAUUGAACUCAGUGACAUCAAAGAUAACUCCGAAUCUGACGAGGAUUUGGAUAGUAGACGGAAACGGCAUAAUAGAAAACGUCCAGCAUCAGGGAAUCUCAGUGAUGAUGAUUAUCAACCGGAUACAUUUACUGCUUUAGUAGGAAAACGACGAAAAGUAGUAAAAGAAGAAGCACCGGAACCUGUUCUUGUUAAACCAAAACUUCGAAGAGUCGAGAAGAAAUUUGUUCCAGUUUUAGAAAAGUUAUCUCAGGAAGAAUUGAUGGAAACCAACACAUACCAUAAAUUUAAUAAAUCGAUAGAACAUGUUUUGAGAUCAGGGGAAGAUAUUGAUGUUGCUGAUAUAGGUGAAGACGGUAUGAUCCAGGAGGAAUAUCUUUUAGGUAGAAGUAUAAUGCAAGAGUUGUGUACUGAAGCAGCUAAAUUAAAAAUACUUGGUGCAAUGGAAAUGAUACCAACGGAAAAGCUGACUAGACUGCUAAAUAUAUUGGAAUUAAAUAUUAGAGGAGGGGACAGGGUAUCACCAAUAUCUGAUGAAGACAAUGAAAGUAUUCGGCAGUUAUGGCUUGAGACAGCAAUGGAACGGGUAAUGGGUGCAGCAGACGCUUGCUUGGUGUGUAUGUAUAUAAUGACAUCAAGAAAUAUGUCAAAACGUGUUUACCUCGAAGAAGUUAUAGACAGGGUAGUACUUUACAUUAAAUACCAACUUCACAAUACGAUAUUUCCUUCAUUCGAUUCAACAUAUAGAUUAGACAACAAAAAGAAGGAUGGCCGCCGAAAGAAAAACACCCAGGUUUCGGAAAAGGGCAUCCUAGUGUUGUAUACAAAGAUUUCAGAACUGGUAAAUCUAUUAGCAGAACUAUUAAAUAUACAAAUUUUGACCGAUACUUCUGUGCUUCAUGCUUCCUCCAUGGGUGUUUCACCAUUUUUUGCUGAAAAUGUUAGUGAGCUUCAAUUAGCUUGUCUGAAACUUGUCACAACGAUCUUUACAAAAUAUGAAACACAUCGAAGGCUGUUAUUAGAUGACAUAUUAGCUUCUAUUGCCCGUCUUCCUAGUACAAAACGUAGCUUAAGAACUUAUAGGUUAAAUAGUGAAGAACACAUACAGAUGUUAACUGCUCUAGUUCUACAACUUAUACAAUGCGUAGUGGCAUUACCAGAUAAUUUUCUACAAAAGGAAGGUAGAGACAAAAGUAAUGACAAAGUACCAUCAAAAGUCGAUACAGAUAUCCUUAUUUGCAAUAAAUAUGAAAAAGCGACAUCAACUGCAGGAACAUUCCUUACAGUUUUUCUUAACAAAUGUGGAAAUAAACAAGAAGAUAUCGAUUACCGGCCUCUCUUUGAGAAUUUCGUGCAGGAUUUGCUAUCAACUGUGAAUAAACCUGAAUGGCCAGCUACUGAACUUUUACUUUGUCUAUUGGGAAAGAUGCUGGUCAAAAAUUUCUCAAAUAAAGGAACGGACAUGUCUCUCAGGGUAGCCAGUUUAGAUUAUUUAGGGGUUGUUGCCGCGAAGCUGAGGAAAGAUAGUGUUUUGUCCAGAUGUAAACUCAAUACAAUUGAUCAGAUGAUUAAAGAUAUUAAGCAAGAGGAACAAAAAGACAGUGACGAGAAAUCUAGUAAGAAUAAGAAAAAGAAUAAUGUUGUCACCAAUGAUCAUGAGCGUGCGCAAUUUCUCCAGCGGGUUUUACUGGAUUUUCUCGCCGUAAAUGCUCAAAAUGAUGAAGCUUACAAAUAUGCAAGGCACUUUUAUAUAGCUCAGUGGUACAAGGAGGCCGUCUCUGAGAAGGCUCAAUUGGCUAUGGGCGACAAGAAAAAUAACAGUUCUAGAGAACAUAACCACCGGUCGAAGAGGUACAGAGAUGAAGAAAAUGAGUCUGAAGAAGAAACGGAAAAGGAAAAGAAAAGUUCAGAGCAGGAAAAUACAGAAAGAUUUGCACAAAUAGACGAGAAAAAGAAAUUCCUUUUAAGUAAAAUAAAGCCGUUCCAAGAGACGAUAUCGUCAGGGAACCGAGUCCAAGUUUUCCAAACCUACAUUGACUAUAGCAGUGCAGAACUGAUUGCACAAUUUCUUGCUUCCAAGAGAUAUUUUUCUCAGAGCUUCGACCAAUAUCUAAAAGCCAUUUUGAUAGUGUUGAAAGAAACUUCGAUUGCCAUUAGAACAAAGGCAAUGAAAUGUCUUACCAUGAUAGUUGAGGCAGAUCCAUCGGUUCUGGGAAGACAUGAUAUGCAGAUGGGUGUAAACCAUUCAUUUCUUGAUCACUCUACGUCCGUAAGGGAGGCAGCUGUAGAUUUAGUAGGCAAAUUCGUGCUUAGUCGUCCAGAGUUAAUAAGCACCUAUUAUGAAAUGCUGUCAGCUCGAAUAUUAGAUACAGGUGUUAGCGUAAGGAAGCGUGUAAUCAAAAUAUUAAAAGAUAUAUGCAUAGAGUGCCCUGAAUUUCCAAAAAUUCCAGAAAUUUGUGUAAAAAUGAUUCGGAGAGUAAAUGAUGAAGAAGGUAUCAAGAAAUUGGUUAUGGAAGUGUUUCAGAACAUGUGGUUUACUCCGACGAAAGAUUCCUCAUUACUAAGAAAGGUCAUGAACAUUACCGAUGUUGUUGCUUCAUCAAAAGAAAUUGGUUUAGAGUGGUUUGAGCAACUUCUUGUUAGUUUAUUUAAACCAAAAGAAGAUAAAGAUGAUUCAACAAAAGUUCAGACAGAGCCUCCUAAAGCUCUCUUGUUAGCUUGUAGGCAAAUUGUCGAUUGUUUAAUAGAAAAUGUACUUAGUCUAGAAGAAAAUACAGAUAACAGUGGUUCAUCACAAAGACUUGUAGCCUGCUUAACAACUCUACAUCUUUUUGCAAAAAUUAGGCCUCAAUUGCUAGUCAAACAUGCUAGUACCCUUCAGCCCUAUCUAGGUUUAAAAUGCCAAUCAACUGGUGAUAUUCAAAUAAUAAGCAGUGUCGCCAGAAUGCUUGAAUUAGUAGUUCCUCUUAUGGAGCAUCCUAGUGACUCAUUUUUAGCCCAGCUAGAAGAAGAUGCUAUGAAGCUUGUGUUACAACAUGAUAGACCUAUAGUAAGCAGUUGCUUGUCUUGUUUGGGUUCUAUUAUCAACAAAGUUACUCAUAAUUACAAGCUGAUCAGGGACUGUUUUAACAAGUUUUAUGAGUAUUUAAUCAGAUAUAAAAAUUGGGUAGAUAUGGAUUAUAGUACUCACCAGGAGGUAAAAUAUAAAGCUGUUUUUAGGAGAUCUUUGUUUAUAGUGGGACUCUUGCUGAGGCACUUUGAUUUCAAGGAUCCUGAGGUGUUAGGUGAUUUAUCGCCCGACAUCAAGGAUGUAGUAUAUCAAACCAUGACAUUUUUUCUCCAAAGAGACGAUAUUGAUAUACAGGUGAAUACCUUGAAAGCAAUUGGAAGUGUCUGCAUUAGGCAUUACGAAUUUAUGUUGGAAAAUGAACUCAAGAUGUUUUAUCAUAAACAGCUUACGUCAGAGGAUGCUCCAUUGAAAAUGAAAGUGGAAGUUUUGAUUAACAUUGAAAACUAUCUAGUGGAAGAAGAAAAUAGAAUGAUACAGCAGGAUUUGGAAUGGAAUAAAAGGUCUAAGGAAGAGAAUUUGAAAGAGAUGGGCGAUGUGUCUUCCGGAAUGGCUAGUACAGUGAUUCAGCUCUACCUCAAAGAAAUUAUGCAAUCGUAUCUACAUCACAGCCUGCAAGUUCGACAGCCAGCCCUUAGAGUGAUUCAAUUAGUUUUACAGCAGGGUUUAGUUCACCCUGUGCAAAUAGUGCCCUAUUUAAUAUGUAUGAGUACAGAUUGUGAAAAGGUUGUGUCGCAUAGUGCAGAUAAACAGUUACUGGACAUCGAGAAGAAAUAUCCAGGUUUUAUACAUACCAAGUCAUCAUUGGGUAUACGAUUGUCUUAUCAACUACAGAAGAUCUUGCAAGGUGAUAGCAUUGUUCGAGGGUCGGGUGUGAAAGAACAAGGAGAAUAUCCAUCGGCGUUGAAUGGCUAUCUGUACUCAAUACUGCGUAGUUCAAGACAACAAAGACGUGCCUUAAUACUUAAUAUUUUAAAACAGUUCGAUGAGCAAGCUCGCACCACAUUAUCCUACAUGUUGUACCUGGCCGAUAAUAUGGCGUAUUUCCCGUAUCAAGUUCAGGAUGAGCCCUUGUUUAUCGUGCAUCAUAUUGAUAUUAUGAUCUCAGUCUCUGGAACAAAUUUGUUGCAGAAUUUUAGAGAUGAUUUAAUUGCUGUUGAGGGUCAAAGUAAAAUUAUUGAUAGUGAAAAUGGUGAGCCAGUAAAUAUGGUGUCUGCUCUUGACGAGGAUGAUGAUGAUGAAGAGAAUCUGUUAAGUCGUGUACCUGAAGAUACAAGCCAACUGCAGGCAUGUAUUACAGCCGCUCAAGGAUGUUUACUUCUUCUUAUGUUAAAACAACAUAUUAAAGAUAUAUAUGGACUUAGUGAUGGGAAAAUUCAACAGUAUUCUCCAUCAGAAGCUGCGAAGGUUUAUGAAAAAGCUAUUCAACGCAGAUCGAAUGCACUCUUCAACCCAAAAGCGACGGUACAUAAAUUGAAACAGGGCAAACCUUCGGAGUAUUUGGAUGUGGAUGGCAGAAGAGAUCUCAUACGACAGUACAUAGACUUCAAACAGUUGAUGCUACAACUAGAUCCUGACGAUCCCGAUGAUGACGAGAAUGCUCCAAAAUUACUUACUGCACUAGCUAAUGCACAAACAACUCCUCAAGCCAAUUCGGGGGCUCCAUCAUCGAUACUGACGGAGGCAGACCAAGUAGUACUCGAUAAUUAUAAGGACCCGCCAAAAGUGCCCAAAUUGGUGAUAUCUAACCGACGGUUCGAUAGUGAUACGAAACGCACUCCGCGGACUCCAAAAGCGGAAAAAGUGAAAAAACACAGACAUAAAAAGAAGCGAAGAAAGUUCGCGAGUUCAUCGGGAGACGAGAGUGAAAACGACUAUAGUGAUCCAGACUUUAUGGCCUAGCUAUGCGCCCAAAUGAGCAGGUUGCACUGCUCAGACUGUAUAGUGACUAAUAGUUGAUCGUUUUCGAUGAACUUUUAAUAUACUAAUUGGCAAACGAAUUACAAGCCAGAAAGUCAAAAAGUACUUGUACCGUUUUUUGAUAGUUUUUCUAUUAUUAUUGGAAAAAUCGAUAAUUUACAUUCCUGUAAUAAAAGUAAGCGAAUAGAAAAAUCGUUAGGAGUAUUUUUCCGUAGUCUAAAUGUGGCCGAUUGGUGUAUUAACGUUUGUCAUUUAAUAUUAAAGAUUGAUUUUAUAAACUCAAAAUGACGUGGGAGGAAAUUUUUGUAUGAUGUAGUAUGAAGCACAUGUAAAUGUAAAUGAACUGUAAACAUUCGAUAAAAAGGUGAUUUGUUUAAACUUUUCGUUUUCAGUUCGCUUUACAAAUAUCCUCGCAUCUUUUUAUUAUAAAUAUGAUAGAGAACUAUAUUGUAUGCGUGGAUCUCUGUGAUCUUUUUGUAUAGAUUUCAAAAUAUUUUUUUUAGAAUAAAAUCAGGGGAUUAUAUGCGAUAUCAGUUCUUGAAAACAUUAAAUGGUACUCUUAAUUUUCACCUUACUAAAACAGCAGAAAGGAAAUAUUAAACAUUAUAAAUAGAAAAAUUUUAUAAAUAAUAUUAAUUAACUAAUAAAUCGAACUGGAGGCUAGCAGUUAUAUUAGUGUCCUAUAAUUUAUUUUCAAAUUAAGUACAUAUAGUUGCUUAUACAGAUUCACAAGUAUCAGCAUACAUAUUAUUUAUACUUUUACUUCGAAUUUUUUUACUUGAAAGUCUCUCAUUUCUCAAGUACAGAAUAGAGAGGUGUGUACAGUCUGACCAAAUUCACUUUGUAUUUGAAAUUUGGAUGCGCACUGGUGUUGACGUUCGGUUUUUCCAAAUUUUCUGAAUUUUAUAAAUAUGAAUGGAUUGCAUGUAUGAGUCCAUACUAAAUAAGUAGUGAAAUAAAAGAUGUUCUCACAAUCAAUUUAUUUACAUAGAAUGACCAGUUUCGCGAUCUAUACUUUGCACAGCAUCUUCAUGUCCGGUUAAAAGCCACAAAUGGCUAAACCCGGUUACCUGCUACAAAUAACAAAAAUCAGAAUUAUUUAAGCUGUCUGGUGUUUAUCAAAGAAUAAUCAUCAAGCCAAUAUUAAAAGUAUAUACAUAUCAGUGUUGCCAACCGCAUUUCUAGAUUAUCCGAUGAUCGCUCGAAAAAGAUCCGAUUUGUCACGAAAAGAUACGCUCAUAGGCGUAACCAGGUGGGUUGGGGAUUAUAACCCCACCCCCCUCCCAUUUGGAUGUACUUUGAGCUCUCUACGUUAACACCAUUACUAUUCCAUACCUCUCAGAGGGGCGUGACCGAAAAUAGUGACAACUCUACCUUAUCGAUAAUAGUCUACGAGAAGUGCAGGGUAAAUUGAAGAUGGAAUUAAAAAAAAAAUUAUGUCUUUAUACUCACUUUAUAUUGCUCAAAAAGAUACAGGAUCUGGAGUUCAAUGCAUAUUUUUUUAUAAUUCUCGUAUCAAAGUUGCGCGUGAAGUUAGGCGUGUUAAUGACAGUAGCGAUAUUGGGGUCCAGUAGUUGUAACCCCCCCUUAGGAUCAUCUCGCAGAGACCAUCCAGUAGUUGUAACCCCUCUUAGGAUCAUCCUGGUUUCUUUUAUCUUUUUUUUUAUAUUGAAUACAUUACUGAAAACCCUUUGUACAAUCUACAUUAGCGUUUGAAAUUGGUAGAACGAAUAGCAAUGAAAAUACUUUUUUUAAAUUAGGAAAAAUAUAUGUUGGCUUCAUUUUUUAAUUUGACCAUUUAUCCAUUAUAAGAAAGUAUUUUCACAAACCAAAACUUAUUUCAACAGACGUUUACUUAAGCAUUGCACUACAUAAAAGAAAAAUAAAACUAAAUCGUGCAAUAGCUACCACAGACUAAAAACCCAUAAAUAAAAUCGGACGGCAGAAUCCCUGUUUUUGAAAUUUGAAUUUGAUCAAUAUGCCUUAGUGGAAACAUUUGUGCAUUCAAAUUCUAAACAAGACAAUUCGCACAGGUCCCUUUUGUCCCUUCUUAUCUAUCCCUACUUAGAUAAUUACCAUGAAAAGUAUCGGAUGUCGCUAACAUUCAUCCAAUUAUAGGCUAUUUAUAUAAAUUUGGGUGGAACCAAAAAAAAUAAUUAAUAUGUUGUUAGGAAUAUAUGGAUGAGAAACGGAUUUUUUAAGUUUAUUUUUGUUAUUAGUCGGUCGUAGUAGAUUAGUAAAUAUACUGAAAAAUAUACGCAAAUAUCCGAUUUAUUUAAAGAUACGAAGAAGAUACGACAACGCUCAAAAAGAUACGCAAAUCGGAUAAUUAUACGCCGAUUGGCAACACUGAUACAUAUAUAAACACACAAAUGCAUGCACACAUACGAGUAUAACCCUCAUAUGGACACACAUAUCCAUAAGCAGUGGUAACAAUGUAUAAGUUAAAUACUUACAUUCCGGUAUAAGGGAUGAUUUUAGUAGUAAACACUGUCAUACUUUUGCUCAGUUAUUGCUAAAAGGAGGGUGGGUGGCUAGGAUGGAUUUAUCUGCAUUUAACUAAUAAGUUGGCUGGAUCUUGAGGGGACGUGGUAAUAAGGACCAACACGACAUUAAACCAAAGUGAUUGUUAGUUUGUGUGAUUGUGUAACAAGUAAAGUGACAGUAAACAGUGUCAGUGUUUACUACUAAAAUCAUCCCUUAUACCGAAAUGUAAGUAUUUAACUUAUGUGUUUUGUUAUCACUGCAUAUGGAUAUGUAUAUGUGUGUGCAUAUGAGGGUUAUACUCGUAUAUGUGCAUGCAGUUGUGUGUUGAUACAUAUACUUUUAAUAUUGGCUUGAUCAUUAUUCUUUAAUACACACCAGACAGCUUAACUAAUUCUGGUUUUUGUUAUUGUAGCAUGUAAUUUACUUUUAACCGGGACCUGAAGAUGCUGUGCAAAGUAUAGAUAGCGAAACCGGUCAUCCUAUGUAAAUAAAUUGAUUGUGAGAACGUCUUUUAUUUUAUUACUUAUUUCUGAAUUUUAUUUUGGUAACAUCUCGCCAAGUAAAUACCUGCACGGCAACCAGAUCAAAUUCAGAAAAUGCGGAAAACCCGAACGUCAACAACUGCGCAUCCAAAUCUCAAAUACAAAGUGAAUUUGGUCAGACUGUACUUGUACCAUAAAAUGUAUCCCGAUUGCCGGUACUUAGGUGCUUUAAUGUUGAAAGCCAACGUUUCAGUAAAAAAGGCUGGGAAAGGUGUCAGAUAGGCAAUCUCUAAACAAAUGAAGUUAAUUUUGUUCGGUUCUAAAGACUUGAACAAUAAAAGAUUUAGUUUUAUUCCAUUCAGUAUUCUGUAGAUAUAAUUGGUAUACAUAAUUAUUUUAUGCUUUAGGCUGUGUUUUCCCAACAACUGUCUUACCUUUAUUUUAUUAACGUACGUACAAAACGAAUUUUUAGAUUAAUUUAUAGUAAUAAUUUGUGAUUUCUCUUAAUGACGUGUUGGUACUGAGAACUGUAUAAUUAGCUGUCAUGUAGAAUUUAACGAAAAGAGCUCAAAAGACAAAAUAAAGCGAAUGAUUAUUUAUGAAACUUAAUAAUAAGUAGCACAGAUGCCAUGAAUGACUUUGGAAUAAUUAUAUACGGACGAAAUAUGGUCGAGAUCUUCUCGUUUUGGUUUAUACAUAUUUUUUCUGUUUUUUUCAUUUACUUUUGACUUGCCUGUUUCAAAUGCAUCAUUAAAUAAAAGUUCAUCUAUUGCCCUACUUGCUGUUCCAGUUACGUUUUGAUUCUUCAUCGUAUAAUAUAUCUUUUGAGGAUCUCAAUUGGAUUACCUAGACCUAGAUAAUUGUAAUUAUAGAAUUUUUCAAUAUUACAAUUUUCUAACGAAUUGUAACUAAUAGAUUUUUAAAAAGCAAAGACAUUUUUUAAAUUUAAUAACAUAUCGUUACAUUUUGAAAAUAGGCCUGAAAAAAGAUUCUGUAAAAAUUUAAAUCAAGUUGUGAGUCUGUCAGACACUCAUUUUAUUUCGCAUGUAUUGUAUAUUUGACAUUCUUACCAUAGGCUGCCACAUGCUGAUUAAUUAUUUAUAUUCUUAGUCAAUUUCAGUUAACUUAAGUUGUAUAUUUAUUACUUUGUAUAAUAUAUUAGUGAAAAUUUUAA